GGAGGGACCGUGCAACCGCAAACGCUUGCCCUUUCCUCCAAGAAAGAAACUAAAACUCCGGUCGAAAAAAAAGAGAGAGAAAGAAACGAAAACAACAGCCGGCCGAAGCCUCCGCUGCGCCGCCGCCGGUACAGGAGCCAAGCAGCGCCUCCCUUCGUCGAGCAGCAACGCCGCCGCCCGGAGCUACGCCGGCGACGAAUACAUAGAACAGGGCAUCAACAUUGUCAAUUGGAGAGGCUUGGAGCUGCUUUGGCAUCCACAGUAGAGCAAACAAGAAGUAUCGACAUGGAUUCCAGCACUACACAGUCUGAAGGUUCUCAGCCACCUGUUCCUCCUAAAAGCCCUACCAUGUCGUCGUGCCGGAAGAAGAAAACUGAUGAUGAUGCUACCUUCCUCAAAGAUGUGAAAGAGCACAUUGAUGAGUUCAUCCAUGCCUCCAUGGAUGAGCACAAGACCUGCUUCAAGAAGACCAUCCAGAAGAUGUUCGGGAUGUCAAAGGCUGUUGCGGAGCGGUCCGCUGCAGCAAAGGAAGCUGAAGUCGAAAGUGCUUUGCCUCUUGAGACCAGUGUGUCCCGGUAGGAGAUUGCAUUGGUGGUGGCCAGUUCUUGCUUUCUGGUGGCAUGGUUCUUGUAUCAGGAAUCUAGCAAAUGUUUUUUUCCUAUUGUUGCUGUAUGGUCACUAUAUAUUUUUUCUGUUAGAAAUGUUGAAUAAUAUUAACAUGAGUAUAAACUGAGACUGAGGCAUCGGCAGGUUUGCUA